AUGCAAACACCGAAUGAGGAACAUCUGGCGGCCGAUGAGACUGACACCGAUGGCUCAUCGGUGAGCAUUUUUGACGAGAAGAAGACUGAUACGAACGCAUCAGACCUUCAACAUAACUUGUUUAUCCGGACUUUUGAUGAUCGACUCGGUACAGCGCCACCAAACGAUCGAGACGCAAAUGUCGGCAGAGUGCUCGACAUCGGCACUGGAUCCGGAAUCUGGGCCAUUGACUUUGGCGACGAACACCCUGAAUCCGAGGUAUGA